AUGCUUCCCAAGAAUGUGACCUGUCCAAAUAACACGCACAUUGGUAACCAUAGUUACAACUGUACAGAUGGAGGUCUUGGAAUGACUGCAAAUGAAUAUAAUUUAUUAUAUGCCAUCUAUGCAUGGACAAAUGCUGUUGUUGUGGUAGGGGCUGGCUUUCUAAUUGAUAAAGUUGGAAAUAAGAUUGGCCUAUUUUUAUUCUCUGGUUUAUGUCUGUUGGGUUCAUCGCUGUUCGCUUUAGGUGCUCAUUUUGCCGGCACUAGUGCACUAUUGCCGAUCAUGUUGGUUGGUCGCCUGCUGUUCGGUUCCGGCAAUGGCUCAUUAACAAUUGUACAGAAUCGUAUCACAGCUUACUGGUUCAGGAAUAAGGAGUUGGCAUUCGCAUUUGGAAUUACACUUACUUUUUCAAGAUUAGGUAGUGUUUUAAAUUUUUUUCUUACAAGUAACUUUGAGCAUAAAUAUGGUUUGAGCUGGACACUGUGGGGUGGUGCAAUGCUGUGUGGCGUAGGAUUUAUAUCUGCCUUGAUUCUCAGCUUCUUGGAUAUUGUAGGAGUUAAACAACUAGGGCAGGAAGCAGAAGUUUCAGCUCAAUCCAAAAAAUUACGAGUACGAGAUAUCAAAUACUUUUCACUACAGUUUUGGUUGUUAGCACUUAGUAUAAUGUUCUUCUACAAUGGUGUGUUUCCAUUUGUUGCUGAUGCUAGUAAAUUUAUCAGUAAUAAAUAUGAUUUUGAUGACAAUAUAUCAUCUUACAUUGCUGGAUCUGUCUAUGAUGUGUCAUUGGUUUUAUCAGCUUUUCUUGGCUUAGGAAUAGAGAGACUUCUCACACGAUGGAAAUAUGUUAUGAUAUUCUUACUGGCAAACACAAUAGCAUGUGUUGUUACAACUGGUUUUCUUAAUAUCAUUGACAAGAAAAGGGGUGGAGUUCUGAACAUGAGUCGUAAAGAGAAAGAAGCAGCGAGUCAUACUCAGAAUAUAAACGUCAAGUCGCCUGUGGAAAAUGGUGACGAUGCGGAACCAAAGGAAACGGAUAGAUUACUGCCACCCAAAGAAGAAGGUUCAAUCAACUAG